CACGUUUUCCGGUUGCUGAUGUUCUGUGUUUACAUCGCAAUUCCUCAGAUGAAAGUCAUGGAAGUGUUGGUUUCAUCUCUUUAAUUCAUCACUAUGAAGCUGCGGAUCCGGAUCAACCGUCAGACCUGCAGGGUGGAGUUAGAGAACCCAGAACCGACUCUGACUGAACUCACGGAUCACGUCAGGAACACACUUCUGUCCGGUCAUGGACUCAGCGAGGACACACAGUUCCGUUUGUCUCUGAACGGCUCGGAGUUUCUGUCAGACUCUGGACAGACUCUGUCAUCCUGCGGCAUCGUCUCCGGAGAUCUGAUCUGUGUCGUCCUGCCGAAGUCUGCCACCGCCGCCGCUAACGCUGCUGCUACUGCCACCGCCACAGCCAAAGUCUCCACCUUAACUCCUCCCAUCAGCCACAGAGAGAAUCAGGCCACACCUACUAAACCUACCACACCUACCACAGCGCUGACAGAGUCAGAGGUUGCCAUGGAGACGCCAGACGCCGCCGCAGAGACUUCGGAGGAUGCGGCUGACCCGGGGCCGUCAAUGUGCAGCUGGGAGCCGAUGCUGUGCAGCGAGGUGGAGGACGGUCAAGCUCCCGCGUCUCUGGAGCUCCUGUACGUCAGCGCCGGCAUCACCAGUCCCUCUGACGCCAUCAUGGUGGUGGGACACCUGCUGAUGACGGAAACUGGCUUCAUCCCUCAGGCCCGCGAGCUGAAGCCGGGCGAGAUGCCAGACGGGUGGAGGUCGUCGGGCGACAGCUACAGGCUUCACUACACUCACCCUCUGUGCGAGAGCAGCGUCGCCAUGGUGAUCGGCAUGUGCAUGGGCCCCGUCCUCGUCAUCACCGCCACACUGAAGUCGAACGACUCCGUCGCGUCUGUUCGCAAACUCUGCGUGAAUCCCUGCAGCUACGUGACGGACGAGUGGCCAGGCGACAGUGCGGCGGCGGCGUUCAAAGAUCUGCGCAAACUGACGCGAGUCUUCAAAGACCAGCUGUCGUACCCGCUGAUCGCAGCUGCCAGAGAAGCGAUGGCGUUGCCGGAGGCGUUUGGUCUGGCCGCUCUUCCCACGGAGCUCCUCCUCCGAAUCAUUCGCCUCCUGGACGUCGAGUCCGUGCUCGGACUCUCCGCCGUCUCCAGGCGCCUGAACGCGGCGACGGCCGACUGGACGCUGUGGCGACACCUGUGCCGUCGAGACUUCGCAGGUCCAGUUCUCGACACGUCCACAGGGACAAACUGGAAAGACCUUUACAAAAUGUUGCACAUACGCCGUGCUGAGCGCCGGCGCGUCUCUCGCCGCCACCUCCUCCCGCCUCCAUUCCUCCCUCACCCUCGGGACAUCUUCAUCCCCACCCCCCUGCCCCUCCCCCUCCACCCGCCGCUGCCCGGAAUCAUCGGUGGUGAGUACGACCUGAGGCCGCACCUGCCGCCGGGCCUCCUGCCCCGCCCUCGCUACGACCCCAUCAACCCGCUGCUGCCACGUCACCGCGACGCUCCGCCCCGGGGCGACGUCCCCCGCAGACUGAGAACGAGUAGAGGACGAGGAGCAGACGCGAGGCGGGGAUUCAUCUGACAACAAACAAACAGUAACCAUGACGAUGAGGCGUUGGAUGAUGGGACGUCCACUGAAGCACUAUGUUAGUUUGUGAUGGAUUUAUUAUUAAAUUCAAUUUUUUUUUUAUUGAAGCUAUCUGUGA